AUGCCGGAGACGGCGGCCUUUGAUGAGGGGAUGAAGCUGAACAACACCGACGACAAUUUCGAAGUCUUCAAAAAGGAGGAAGGCAUGGUCGAUUUCCGGACUGUCGGCUGGAUAUGGGCUUCUGUCAUUUUCCUCAAGAUGACGUUUGCCACUGGGGUGCUCACGAUCCCAUCCGCCAUGUACUCGCUGGGUGCUCUGCCCGGCGCUCUCACGGUGGUGGGGUUUGGCAUCCUCAACACGUACGCCGGCGUGAUCCAGGGGGAUUUCCGAAACCGGCACCCUCGCUGCCACUCGAUCGCCGACAUGGCCAACGUGGUCGGAGGCGGCGUACUUCGAGAGGUUACCGGGGUUUGGUUCGUCUUGACGUGGAUCAUCUGUGCGGCCUCGGCGAUCGUGGGGUCGGCCACUGCAUUCAACGCGCUCUCUAUGCACUCGCUUUGCACGCAGUGGUUUUCCUUCAUUGCCACCAUCAUCAUUGCCCUGCUCGCGAGUAUCCGCAAGUUUGAACAUCUUGGCUGGUUGACCUGGGCGGCAUUUGUCAGUAUCUUUACCGCCGUCAUGAUCGUGGUGAUUGGAGUCACUCUCCGCGAUCGUCCUGCGGCCGCUCCACCCACGGGCCCCUACGAGCUGGGCUACCAUGUCAUCGGUAGCCCGACAUUUGUGACGGGGAUCAUCGCCGCGGCCACGAUUUUAAGUUCCAGCGCGGGCACGUCUGCAUUCCUGCCCGUCAUCUCCGAGAUGCGUCGCCCCCAGGACUAUUCCAAGGCGCUGUACGUGUGUAUGGGGAUUGUCACGGCCUCGUACCUGACCUGCAGCUUGGUGGUGUACCGGUGGUGUGGACAGUGGGUUGCGUCGCCCUCCUUGGGCAGUGCCGGUCCGACGCUGAAGAAGGCCGCCUAUGGCGUCGGCCUGUUGGGCUUGUUGACCACCGGCUGUCUCUAUGUGCAUGUGUCCGCAAAGUACAUGUUUGUGCGCAUCCUGCGGGACACCCGACACCUCCAGGCCAACACGGUGGUGCAUUGGGCCGUCUGGCUGGGCUGCGUGAUCGGAUUGACCAUUGUCGGCUUCUUGAUCGGUGCCGCCGUCCCCAUCUUCAACUACAUCCUCAGCCUCGCGGGCAGUCUCGGGUUCGCGCCCCUGGCAAUCAUGCUGCCUGCCUGGCUCUGGCUCCACGACCACGCGCAGUUUAGGAAGGGGAACAUGUGGCAGAUGGCUCUAUAUUGGGGCCACUGGCUCAUGGGGCUGGUUGGCGCCUUUCUCACCGUCGGCGGCACCUAUGGUGUCAUCCAAGGCGUCAUCGAUGCCUACGCUGCCGGCACCAUUGGAGGUGCCUUCUCAUGCGCCGACAACAGUGGCUCCCGUGUCACAUGA